AGUCUCAGCUCGUCUCCUGUGAAAGGGAAAAAUGCUUCCUAAGAAACAGUUUUUGAGAAAUAAAUAGAAAAAUUAGAGCAUCUUAGUUGAGAUUGAACACUUGAAGUAACCUUUAGGACUUAACAGGAUAUCAACAUCCCUUCAAAGGAUAUAAAGGAGCCUUCAGAACACAACUCUGACAUUUCAUCCUGUGGAUUAUUCUCACAUACGGCACCACACCAAAAAAGAAGUUACGAUGUCUGAUCCAAACCGUUCUCUGAAUAUCAAUGACUUCAGUAAAUUCUACAGUGAAGAGUUCAACUACACGGAUCUCCUGAACUUGACUGAAUUUGUCGUGGAUGAGAAGACGUUGCUUUGCUCCUCCAUCACCAUGGUGGAUGCCGUCAACAUUGCAUUCUGUGUCUUAUUUGUGAUCAUCUUUCUGAUGGCUAUUCCUGGGAAUCUGAUCGUAGGCUGGGUCAUCGUCUCGCACAGACAAUUGCUUUCCGCCUCAGAUGUCUACUUAUUCAACCUGAUGCUGGCCGACACGUUAAUGGCUCUGAUUCUGCCAUUUUCGGCGUUUUCCGUGAUCCAUGGUUGGGUGUUCAGUGAUGCUGCGUGCAAGUUGGUUUGCCUGGUGAAGGAAGUGAACUUCUACACCAGCAUUUUGUUCCUGGUGUGCAUCAGCGUGGAUCGCUACAUGGUCAUCGUCAGAGCUAUGGAGUCCCAAAAGACUCAGAGGAUAUUGUGCAGCAGAGUCGCCUGCGCAUUGGUGUGGGUCUUGGGAUUGUUGCUCUCCUUGCCGUCGUUCUACAACGAGGCGUAUUACGAGCCAGUUUCCCAGCAGACCAUUUGUGCAGAACGCUUUGAGACGAAUCACGCCGACGAGUGGCGACUGGCCACGCGUAUCAUGAGGCAUCUGCUCGGGUUCCUCUUCCCUCUGGUGGUCAUGUUGGUCUGCUACAGCAUGACAGUGGAGCGGCUCUUGCGUACACGCGGUUUCCAGAAACAGAGAGCCAUGAAGGUCAUUGUAGCUGUGGUUGUGGCCUUUCUUCUGUGCUGGACCCCCUUUCACGUUUCGACGAUUGUUGACACCCUCCUGAGGGCCAAAGUGGUUCAAUUCAGCUGUUUCACACGGACGGCGGUGGACGUCGCCAUGUUCGCAACUCAAAACCUUGGCCUUCUGCACUGCUGCGUGAACCCGGUGCUGUACGCCUUUGUGGGAGAGAAGUUCAGAAGAAGAUUUCUGCAGAUGCUCCAAAGAAAAGGAGUUCUGGAGCGGUUCUCCCUCUCCAGAUCUAGUAGGUCUUCUUCUUUGACCUUAGAAGCCACUUCCAGCUUCCUGUGAGCUAAACAAUGGACAUCAAUGUAUGCGAACUUUAAGUCAUUUAGUGCACCUUCCCUUGCUUGGUUGAACUAGAACAACACUUUGUUGUAGGGGCUAAUUGCCAUGAUGCAUUGGCUCCCUCUAUUGGUCAGAAAAAGCACCUUUUUUGAAGCCUAAAUGAAUAAAAACGCUAAACAGGCUAUAAAGGAGCUAGACCACAGUUGCACAACUUCAAUAUCACCACCUCUAAGACCGUUCUGCAUUAUGGACAUGAAUGAAACCUUUUCAAGGUGAUCAAACUUGCUAUUUUUACCAGGCGGAUGAUAACGCAAAUGAAGAAACUCCAUAGACUUCUAUUGAAGGAUGAACCCAAGCCAUCCGAGAUACUAUAAUAUCAUAAAGACUUGAGGGUGAUGAACUCAUUUGACUUGCUAUUAAGCAAACACAUGCUAUUGCAGAAUGCUAGGCUGCUGGUUUGGAGAGAGGUGUGUGGUUG